UUGGAUGCUUUCAAUUAUCUGGAGGGGUCUCCACUCCCUCUGGGUUCGAAUUCACAACAGCGGCACACUGUGCACCACUGUCCUCUUCCCAAGCCGCCCCAGCCAUCGGCUCCCUCACUUCCCCCUCAGCAUCUGCCCUACCUUACCGACCGACCCUCUCCCAACGCACCCUCAGUGGACGGCCAUGAGUCACCGGUCGAUCCAGCCACCUUUCCGCUGGAAGCUGGGGAUAACUCAAAUAUCUCAAUGGGUAGAAAACGAUUGUGGAGUUCAAUGAAACAGUUGGGACAUAUCCAACACUUGAAAGAAGCAGAGGAUGAACAGGAAUCUGCCCCCAGUGCAUCGAAGAAGAGUUUUAGCAUCACCAACCUCCUCUGA